UUGAAAGAUCUUAUCGUAAUCAGUGGUUCUCUAAAAAACGUAAUUGCAAGAUGCCUUGGCCCUAAAUGCCAGAGAACACUACUGACCUCCAGUACAGGACAUACUGUUUUAACUAAAGAUGGACUCAGUAUCUUGGAAUCAUUACACUUUGCCCACCCUGUUUCCAGAUGCAUUCUUGAUAGCUUGAGGACCUUCCGUAGUAAUUAUGGUGAUGGUUGUAAAACAUUUGUUAUAUACUUGCAUCACUUAUUGACUGCUAUCGAAGAGGAAUGCAUGAAACAAGAUUGUGAUAGCACAUCAUUGAAAGUAAAAGUUGCAAAGUACCUGCAUGAAUUCCUAAGUAAUGAUCUGGGUAGUGUAUAUGCCACCCUGCAGGAUUAUAUUCACAAGCAGCUCAAUAGUGUGAUGUCACAAGACCAGAUCAGUUUAAAUGCCUUGUUACAAAAUGUGGUCAAAACAUAUUUGGGAGGCGCUUACUCUGAGGAGAUAGAGUUACACCUUGCAGAAAUUAUUAUAUCAUAUUUAAAUAGCACCAACUUCACAUCAGCAGAGGUAUCUUUAGCCUUGGAGUGGUUUGACAACUGUGUGAACAUUUUAAAUUUGGUGUCAGAUUACAGCAAUUCAUGUGUCAAAGAGGGUAUUUUUCUUUCCGGCUUCAUCUUUAUGACUUCAGUCCCUGUUACUUUUAACACUAUUAUCAUGCAGUGCCCCAUAGAAGGAUACAGAGAGGAUGACUGUGGGGAUGUUUUAAAACUUUCCUCAAAUUAUUUAGAUAGUGUUGUGACUUACAAAACAAAAGUUGUUCAUCAGUUUCUGCUCGGCUUGACCAAGCACAAGGUGUCCUUAAUUUUGACAUCUCAUAGAGUUCCUGAUUAUAUCUUGCAGAUGUGCAGUGAGCUUAAAAUCAAUCUUGUGUGUUGCCUUGAAAAGUCUGAUCUCGACUUUGUAUCAUUCAACACAAAAAAGUUACCAGUGACAAGCAUCCACGAUGAUUUGACAUCAUCAAACUUAAUAGCUCCAGAUUCCUAUGAAUAUGCUGCCAUAGGCGGAAAGGAGUUUUUGAAACUGCUGUUAGACAGAAGUGGCCUAAUUUGGUAUCCUAGUUGCCUGUUUUUAUGCAGCCCUUUAGAUAGUUUAGCUCAGCAACUGAAAGAAAUUAUACGAAAAAGUCUCAAACUUGUU